AUGACCUCUUUGCCCUGCCCCCUCCCUGGCCCGGACGCCUCCAAAGCCGUCUUCCCGGACAUCGCCCCCGUGCCAUCGGUAGUGGCUGCCUACCAGCUUGGCCUGUCCCCCGUAACCGCAGCCGCCCCCGAUUUGCCCUAUUCUGGGCCGUAUGGCCACCUUCUGCCCUAUCCCUACAGCGGGCCGGCGAUCCCCGCAGACUCCUACCUGCCCUGCCAGCCAUCCACCGCGCCAUCUCAGCCGGCUCAUCAAGAGCGGGAGACAGACUCGGAGAAGCCGCCGCUGUCCCCGGAGCCCCCGGAGCGGCGCCCACAGGCCUCGACCAAGAAGCUCCGGAAGCCGAGGACCAUCUACUCGAGUCUGCAGCUGCAACACCUGAACCAGCGUUUCCAGCACACGCAGUACCUGGCGCUGCCCGAGAGGGCCCAGCUGGCCGCGCAGCUCGGCCUCACCCAGACGCAGGUAAAGAUCUGGUUUCAGAACAAACGCUCCAAGUAUAAGAAGCUCCUGAAGCAGAACUCUGGGGGACAGGAAGGGGACUUCUCUGGGAGGUCCCCCUCCCUGUCUCCCUGUUCACCUCUUCCAGCCUUCUGGGAUCUACCCAAGGCAGGGGCCCUGCCCACCGGUGGCUAUGCCAACAGCUUUGGAGCCUGGUAUCAGCAUCACUCCCCAGAUGUCCUAGCUCCACCUCAGAUGAUGUGA